CCUAUAACACUUUCAAACUUUUAAUCGCAAAGAACGUAACUAAUUUUUAUAAAAACCUGAGAUGACUUGAAAAUACCAAGAAUCAAUUUUAUUGAUCGGGGUCCAAAAAGUUUUGUGAUGCUCUAGAGUUACCUAUUUGCUGCAUCUAAUUAGAUUUUGACCUUCGGCUAAAAAAUACCAUCUUUGUGUUUUACCACAGUUGGCGAGAGCAUUCUGAAGUAUAAACACGGCAAAUAGUAACGUGCGUUUUAAUUUACAGGAAGCAGUUAUAAAGGCCGACCGUAUAGAAGAUGCAUGUAUUAGUAAUCGCAACUAUUUUACUUGCAAUUGAAGCAAAUUCAAUACCAGUGACAAAAUCAGACGAUGAGGCAUUUAAAUUUCCAAUCACGUUUGAGAAUGGUAGAAUAGGCGUAAACUUCCUAGGAUUUCACGCUUCAGCUGGUUUAGGAGGUUUAUUAACAGGUAAUAGUGCAGACGGUGGCUUACAUGCGGAAGCUGGAACUCCGUUUGGGCAAAGAGCUUGGGCUGGAUUAGGAGGAGAUAUAAAUGGCGCAGGUAGAUCAGGGGGAGGUCUAUAUGCAGGAGCUACUGCAUUAAAUGGACUAGGUGCUGUAGCGGGAUUAGAUGGAAAUGCUGGUCCUGAGGGUUACAAUGGUAGAUUGUAUUCAGGAACUUCUAGAAGAGGGUUAAGAGUAAAGCAACGGAUAAUUGGACAAGGGCUACCUCCACCAGAUGAGCAAACUGUUGUACAAGAAGACAGUAAAUUUCCAGAGAACCAAGUUCCAGGUAGAUCAGGGGGAGGCCUAUAUGCAGGAGCUUCAUUACCAGGAAUCGGCGCUGUAGCGGGCUUGGAUGGUUACGCUGGUCCUGAAGGUUACAAUGGUAGAGUGUAUCCGGGACUUUCUAGAAAAGAGCUAAGAAAAAGGCAACGGUUAAUUAAACAAGGGCUACUUCCACCAAAUGUGCAAACUUAUGUACUUGAAGAAAAUAAAUUCCCAGAGGAACAAGUACCAGAUACCUACAUCAUGAAAGUAAAGAAAACUAACGGACAAAAACAAUCCUCCAAAAAGAUUAAAGAAAAGGAAACAAGUAUCGAAGUUGCCGGAGUUGAUGAUGGUAAAAAAGAUGAUAAAAUAGAAUCGAAAACAGAAAACGAUAAAAUACCUGAAUCAAAAAACACCGAGGAAAAAAGUAAACUUCCUGUUUACGACUUGGACCUCAGAUCCCUUUAAGAAUGGAUGGCGAAUGGAAAAACAAGCUAGUUUAGGUAGCCCGUUAAACAGGCUAACAAAGUAUUGAUUUCUUAUUUUUUUAAAUAAUGCUCAACAGCUGGAAAAAAGGUGGAGAAAUAAAUAAAUAAUUUAAAAAU